UUUUGAGGCUGUGGAGGAGCGAAUGUGUUGUUGUGGUAAUAUAUGUGGUAGUAUCGGGCAGUGGGAGAUAUUCUCUUGAAGGUAAUCGUCGUUAGAGGUGCAUCCUUCAAGACAACACUGAGGCCUGCAAUGGAGGAGUACGAUGACUUCACUCUGUCUGGUAAAGCAGCUGUAACUGAAGCUAAUCUACGAGAUGAAUACUAUUGGAAGCUCGUUGCAGACUUCAUCGGUGCUCAAUCAGGGGAAGGACUGGAGCUUGAAACAGCACCAUGCAAGAACAGAGUUUUAAUUCAAAUAGGACUGUUGAGAGAAGACAAUAAUUUCCCCUGGAUUGCCAUCUUAGACUGGCUUAAGAAGAUCUUCCCCCGUCAUCAGUCGGCUGACUUUCGCCGUUUGAUUGAGAGAGGCAUUGCCACAACAUUGAGUCUGGGAAUCUGUGCAAGGCUCACCUUCCUGGAGUCGGACGUCAACUUUAGCUUUGUGGGCCCAGUAUGUGACAGUAUUGGAGUUGAGCGAGAACAUCUUUUGGAGAUGAGGGAUUUUUCAGAGCGAGCGCAGAUGUUUGAAGUCACCAACGGACUGAUUCUCGAAUUGAACAACUUUGCUGCAAGAGAGAAAAUUUCGCCUGUUGCAAUAGUUCCUUGGCUGAGAAACUUCGACCCUGACUUCUGUAAGAAAGGAAAUAUUCAAAGUGCAUAUUCAGUUAUUAAAGACAGGAUAAAAAAGUUAAAACAGCUCUGCCGCAGUUAUGAAACAAGAAGCCACAGGAGGAGUGCAGCGAUGGAGAAUUUCCUUCAGACUCCAUUUGAACUUGAGCAGAAAAAAGCGCCCAAAAUAGUAAAGAAACGCAUGAGAAAAGACCACAGCUUUAUUUUUGAGAAAGCUGUGAUAAAGGAGGAAAUUGAGGACUUUGAAAUCAUGCAAGAUGAGGGGUCUGCCGUGAAUGAAGGAGAUGCAGAGGAAUUAGAGGAUGUUUCUGAAAGUGGUGAAAGUGAAGAGGACUCGGAUGAUGCAGCCGAGAGCAGAGAAGAAACAGCAAACGAAGAGGCUCUGUCCCUGCUUGACAUCACAAUGCAGUCCAUCGAAAAGCUUUUUCGCAGGUACGGCAAGAAAUCUCAACUAUCCAAGAAAGCUUCCUUGAAUCUCCUUAAAAGGAAGUACGCUCUGACAUGCAUGGAGCACCCAGCCGUGGCAGAAUUUAAUAAAACCCUCAACUUAAUGUCUGGAGACAUUCCCCUCGCCUCUCCUGUGGUGUUUCUAAACUUCAAUGCCAGCUUCCUUGUUGACUUGUAUGAUGCUGUUGAGGAGCAGAUUAUGAGCUUUGAAAAGGAGAUAAUUUUAUCCACAGGAGAUAAACUCGGGCGUGACAAGCUCCCAAACUUUAAGCACUUUCUGAAUAUGCAAGAAAGUGCUACUUCACGUUACAUUCACAUGGCUAGUGAUAUCUUGUGCCCUCGCUCCCGGGAUACACAAAACUACAGAAAGCACUGGGUAGCUUUUUGUGAAGAGAAGAAAAAUCCAUCAAGAUUUGGAAUGAACCAAUCAAACCGAUGCAUCAGCUACUUUGAAACUGCAGCAGGUCUAAUUCACCACCACAAAGAGAUUGCUCUCUUCAUCUCUGAUCUGCUGUCACUGGACGAAGAACAGUGUCCGAAUGUUAUCCUGGAGAGUAUUGCAGCUGACGCUAACGACUCGGUGAUACAGAGCCUUGUGUGCGUCCUGGCCGUCCUUUACUGUAAAAUCAUCGGCCCUUACUGGCAGCUUCUGAAAAGCGGAGGGGAGUACUCGCUCUACAGCAAGUACAUGCUCUAUCUUUACCAAAAGUUUCUCGACUGGUCCAAAGAUCCUGCAACGCUGCUGGAACCUGAAGAAACCACUAAUGUUUUCCUGCAGUUCCCACUGCAUGAAAAGACCUUCAGUGGCGUGUUUCAUUACUGCGGUCAGUGGCACACAAACAGAGACAUGAUCAGAGCGUUCCUGAAAAGGACGGUGAAGGCGAUAGCUGGUGUUACAGACGAACACUUGAGGGCUUUCCUGCCUGGAGGAACAUUCGGUCAGGUACCUUCACCUGAGGUAAGCUCACAACUUGUUAGCUGCACAUUCUCAGUAUUGAUGGCGGAGUAUCCCUCCAGCCAAGAAAGCUCCCCCAAGAGGAAGAAACCACGCAAGUCCUCCAAACACUUCAAGACUUUAUCAUCAGGUAGCUCUCAGGAAGACAACAGAUCUGAUUCCUCAGACCACGAGGAUGAUGAGACAAGUUGGCAAGUUAGAAAGAAAGGGCAAAGAAUAGUACUGGAAAAGACAGAAAAGGCGCCAAAAGAGGAGGACGAGAUAAACAUGGACAGGGAGUACAUCAUGGAAACUGUGACCAGAAAUGGAGGGCCAUGCAAGACGCAGCGGGACGUCGAUCAAAUGAUGCUUCGAUUUGAUGGAAAAUCCCGAGCUGAGAAACGUGACGGAGUCCGCUGUGAGAUACUGUACCAGAGGAUUAUCCUGAACAACCCUGACCAUCACCUCGAUUGUUUGUACGAGAACACCUCAGUCAUGGCAGUAAAGUUGAAGAAGGUACUCCCACGUGUGCAACCCGGGUACACGCUUGUUUUGGCACCUAAAAGGACAAAAGCAAAACCUGUGCGCAAAGACACAAAGAUGGAUCAGAGUGAAAGCAGCAAUUUAAAUGCAUCAGAAAUGGCAUGAUUAUGAGAGGGGAGGAAAAUGAAUGUCUUGGGAAGACCGAGGGAAGAAAAUGAGGUUAACAUGCUUCAUCAUAUGAUUCUGUGUUUACAGAUUAUGCAGGAAUACUUACAUUGACCCAAAUCCUUCAAAACAAUAUAAUGUAUGAUUCAGUUUAUGCCACAUGCAGCCGUCAUGUGUCUGUUACAUACUCUUCAGUUUCAAUAAAGGAAACAUGCAUUAUGUUCUUAUACUUUUGAUUUGACACAACCUUUAUUGUAUCAUGCUGUAUUAUAAGACAUUACUGUGAAUAUAGUUUUUUUUUUUGUUAAGAGGAAACUUUUAUUUUGAUCACACAGAUGUCAGAUACUGUUGGGAUAUGUA